CUCGAAAGUGUUGACACAACUGUUAACUUAACAGUGUUUACAAGUGAACUUAUCUUUUCUGAUUAUGUAAUGCAUUGAUUUGGAACUUGAUCUAAUUUUUUCACGAUUAACAUUUUAUCGAUACUUAAAUUAAAUAAUUGAUGACAGAGGAUACUCUACGUUUAAUCAGCUAUUGGAGGGACAUAAUGAGCAAAGAACCAAGAUUAAUCACGACCUCAACAGAUUUUUCUCAUGUGACUAUGAUGAUUGUAUUAACAUUAUGCCGUAGACUUACUAUUGGAGUCAAUAUAAGGAAAAGACUAAUUUUUUAUUUGGUGAUGAUUGUUGUUGGUGGUCUCCUUGGUGAUUAUUUACCUAAUUUUGUAUCCACAAUAGUCCCAUUUCAAUCAAAUAAGAAGGGAAUUCUUAAUCAAUGGUUUGUCAAAAUUGGCUGGUUUUGGACAAUUGUACUUCUGGGCCCUUUCAUUCACAUGACUAGUCAGAUCUCAGCAGCUAGUGAUGCACCACAUAAAUCUGAAGUCCAUCAAAGAUCUUUAAGAGAUGAUACUUCACCAUCAUCUAGAUCCUCACAUUUAAAAAAUUAUCGUGAUUGUAAUUCGUCGCUCAUAAUCAAGUUAUGGCUAACUUUAAGUAACAAAGAUCUGCUGCGUUUGUGGAUAAAUACUCUUUUCUGGUAUAUUUCAACUAGUGCCUUUACUUGGUUUGAAAAUGCAACAACCUCUUGCACAUCUUCUGAUUUUACAACAGAAGAUGCUUGUGCUAAAAGUGGCCACAAAUGGAUUGGUUUUGAUAUUAGCGGUCACACAUUUAUAUUGCUUUUCUCCUUGCUAGUUAUAAUGGAAGAGUGUUCCGUGAUGAAGGGUUGGGAGCCUUUUGGCGAAAGAUUAUUCAUCGCGCAGCAAAAUCGGCAAAAAACAAUGAGACAAGAUUAUCCUCAGCAUUUAAUUUACGCCAAAUACAAAAUCUUUAUACGAUGUUUUUUUCUCGCACUAACCGCUCUCACCUUGAUCUGGAAUUUCAUGCUUUUUCAGACUAUAUUGUUUUAUCAUACAACUUUACAAAAGAUAAUUGCUUACUUUUGGGCUGUUGGUUUAUGGUUUUUUGGUUACAAAUUGUUAUAUAAAUCUAAAUAUUUUUCAUCAGUAUUUAAAGUUGAAAAUCUGCCUCAUAUCAAAGAAUAAAUAACUUUUACAAUCGA